CUGUUUGCUGUGUACUGUUGUGAACCGCCUUCAUUGCGUGACAAACCAACAGACCACACAGGACGCACGCGGAGCACGUGUUAUUGAGCCUAAAAGUCCACCAACGGGAACCCGCCCGCUAAAUCAAAAACGAACAACCUCCUCUUGUGGUUGAGAGACACACGGAAGUGAGCACAUCGCCGUCAGAGCUCAAUCCGAGCCGCACGCGGGCCGCUUGACCGAUUUACGCAUAGCGUGCGAGCUAAACGGCCUCUCGUGACAGCGGGACAGAUGCUCCUCAGCGCACCGCAGCGCACUGCGCAUGCGCCCGGGUCCCUCUGACAAGCAGGAGGAUGAACCGCCCUCCGCUGUAAAAACGCUCUGUGGGGAGGGGUGAUGGCGGCUGCUGAGGUCAACGUAUCUUCAGGGGAUCUCAUCACCGUGAGGGAGGAGGAAGAGGAGUCAAGUGGCAACAACCAUAAGACUCAAGUCAUCGUGCACCUGCAGCCCCCCCUGCACGGGAUAAAUGAUGACACUGCUGAAACUGGCACGACAGUGUUGGCCAUCGAGACACAUCAUGAAGACAGUAAGGCAGAAGGAGAGGAGAUUGAGUAUGGUUACCCCAUCACCUGUGGAGACAGCAGAGCGGUCCUUCUAUUUAAGAAGUUUGUGUGCCCUGGAAUCAACGUUAGAUGUGUCAAAUUCAAUGACCAGCUCAUCAGUCCAAAGCAGUUUGUACAUCUGGCAGGAAAAGCUACUCUGAAGGACUGGAAACGGGCCAUCAGACUGGGAGGUGUAAUGCUCAGGAAAAUGAUGGACUCCGGCCAGAUAGAUUUCUACCAGCACGACACCGUGUGCGGCAACACCUGCCGCAGCACUAAAUUCGAUGGGCUGAUCAACAGCACGCGGUUUCCUCCGGGGACCUCGGUGCAGCCGAGCCCGCCACGUCUGGCUCUUGACCUUGUUGGAGGACGGGUGCCUCCCCUGACAGUCAUUUCAGGAGAGGCUAUACGGAAUUCAGUUGAGGUAGAGGAGAAUUUGGAGAAGAAGUUCAGUGCAACAGCAGAGUGGAGCCCUUAUCCAGCGCGGGAUGUAAAUCCCACAGCAGCCAACGGAUGUGGGGCGAAGAGAAAGAGGAGUGACACGCCAGAUGGAGUACUGAGCUUGUGGAAGGGCGUGGUGGAUUCGGGGCUGAUGGGGGAGGUCCUGUCCAGUCUCCAGACUGAAUUAUUAGCCACUCUCAAAGGAGUGGAGGUUCGAAGUGAGAAGGCCAAUCUGCAGGAGACAGAUGCCGUCACACUUAAUUCCCUGUGCAAGAUGUUUGGCCUUUUGGACUCAGUGAAGCGAGCUCUGGACCUGAAGCGAAGCCUGGAUGAAGAGAACGAAAUCCACAACAAUGUUUAUGUGCCGGGUGAGAUUUUGGAGCAGCAGAGGAGGCAGCCUAGCGACGAAAGCCGCUCGCUCAAACCUCAGUCCUUGAAACACCAAAGACUUCAACGCCACAACCGGUCAAACAGCCAGACCCACAACUCGCUGUCCCCCGCAAAGACCAGCGCGGGGAUCCACGCUCUCUCUGUGGCCGGCUUAUCCGCGGCGUCUUACGCUCAUCUUAUGCUGCCCAUCAACCCUCAGCUCUUGGCCCAUCUCUCCGCCUCCGCUGUCCAGCAUCGCCACUUCACGGCUGGCGGGGCGGACAGGGAGGGCCACGAGCUCAGGGAGACGGGGAACCAGGAGGCAGAGGACGUCUUAGACAUCCACCAAGAGCUGGGACGGAGGACUGUUAGGCAUCAAGAAGACCCCCGCCUUAGAAGCGAGAGAGUAGAGGAGACAGAAGGCGUGUGUGAUAGCAACAAGGUGGCUGUAGGAAGGAAGGUGUCAAGGAAACAUAAAAGUAAGUGAGGGAGAGAAACAACGUGUAACGUCUAAGAGCCUUUCUGUUGGUGAGUGACGGACACUUGAAAUCAUGAGUACAUUUAGUGAUUAUACAACUAUAAGGAAAGGAAUUGUAUUAUUUUUACAAUUUUCUGAUAUUUUAUAGAGUAAUCUGCAAUGAACAACAGUAGACCGUAAUCAAUAAUUAAACUAAUGGUUAUUUGCAGUCCUAAAACACAAACAUAUUUUGUCUACUGUGUAUAGUUUUAGGAACAGUACUUUGUGUUUGUAUUUUUAAACUAGAUCAAAUUACAUUUUUAAGAAACCUGUAGUUCUGUAAAUACAAUAUUUGGUUCUAUUUCUGAUAUUUGGUGAUACUAUUUUCCUUUGUCUGAAAGAUAGCUGCAAUGUUGCAAAUGUUUUACUUUUAUAACUAAUAUUUUGCAAGUUACGCUUGCAUGUUGAAUUUGAUCAAAUUUGGAUUCGAUAUUUGAAGUAUUUCUUCAUCAUUGUCUUUUUAGGCCUUUUUCAUAGAUGUUUCAUCUAACAUCUUUGCACUAUAAUGCUUGACAGUGAGAACUAUACAUUAGCUGAUUGUGACUGUUGACAAUAACAUGUGCUGCAAAGACAUAAUGCAAUUUUACUCAUCUCUUUCGUUUUAUUAAAGAAAGAAUGGAACAGGACAGAAAUACAUAAUGCACAGAAAAGUGACACAAAUGGUCCAAAAUGAAGAACAAACAACUUUAUGUCUGUUACUUUAACACAAACAGCUUGUGGAUAAUAGUUGUAAAACGCUGGCGUUGAUGACUUUGUGACGUGAACAGUGCUCCCUGCAGGAAGCCAAUAUAUUAGACAUGCAGACGGAUUUGUUUUGUUUAUCCUUCCUCUGAGUCACACAUCACACCACACUUCUCAUCUCUGUCACAGGAUCAGCGAUCCCCUGAUGUGAAUCCCUUUUACAUAAAAAAAAAGCAAAGGGCAUUCCAACA